UUUACGGUGAAGGUAAUCAAAUCAAACGAAUCGGCUGAUAGUGCAUAAUGUGGCUAUAGGCGUUUCGAAAUUUAUAUAUAUAUAUAUAGAUUUUUUUUUGUAACAUACAUAUGUCCCUGUGUGAAUGCAUGCAAAUAAAUAUAUUUAAAAAUUGUGAUUUUGUUAGGUCUUUGUGUGCAUAAAAUUUAUUCUAUUGUUCAGUCUGAUAUUUUGUGUUCAGUGAAAUGAAACGCUUGAUUUUGCUAGCCCUUUGCGUUACGCUGGUGAACUUGAGUGCAUUGGUGCGUGCCGAGGGCCAAGGUCGUUAUUCCAUUGUUGGUCCCGGUACUUUGCACCCAGCCAACAAAUACACCAUUGGUGCAGUUGUUUAUCAGAAUGAAGAGCCAGUCACAUUGAAGGUUGGCUUAGAGGGACCUAAUUUCGAAAAAUUCGAGACAAUUGAACUCCAGCCGGAUGAGUCAAGGUUAGUGGAAUUCGAUGUACCAGCAUUAGAAGAUGGCAAAUAUAAUCUCACGGCUGAGGGGGUAUCGGGAUUAAUUUUCAAAAACACAACAAGACUUAAUUUCGAGAAAUUUCAUGCAAUCACAAAAAUUCAGACUGAUAAGGGUAAAUAUAAGCCCGGUGACAAGGUAAAUUUCCGUGUACUUUUCUUAGACGAGAAUUUAAAACCAGCUAAAGCGGAGAAGGAUGCAGUUAUAUGGUUUGAGGAUGGUAAACGUAAUAUCGUAAAAGAGUACAAAAAUAUCGAACUUAAAAAUGGCGUAUUUACGGGUGAAUUUCAAAUAUCCGAGUUUGCAGUGCGUGGCUUUUGGCGUUUAAUUGUCAAAAAUGGUCGGCCUUACAACGAAGAGGUCUAUUUCGAAGUUGACAAAUAUGUUCUACCGAAAUACGAGAUAAAACUCGAUGCUACGGAUGCUGUGUCCGUGCGUGAUGGCGAUGUUAAUAUCGUAGUGAGAGCAAAUUAUACUUUUGGCAAGCCUGUGGAAGGUAAAGUUACCGCAGUACUCGGCUACAGCGAGUACUAUUCGCAAACUGGUGAUGAGAAGAUAAAGAGCGCACCUACCCUCAUUAAGAGUGCCGACAUGGUCAAUGGCAAGGCAAAACUGGUGAUCAACGUAAAAGACUUCAAAGAUCACUUGACAAGCGACCUGUACGCCACAUCGUUGGUCAUCACUUCAACGCUGGAAGAAGCCAACACUGGCGUGAAACUUAAUGCAACCAAACAUAUAAGCGUAUUUCCGUACCGUUAUAGUAUAUCUUGUGUAAGCUAUGACAGCUGUUACACAUAUCAUGCAGAUAAGGAGUCGGAAGUGUUGAUUCAAGUGAAUUUGGUCGACGGUACAGUCGUGACAGAUACGAAUCCAAUUGAAAUUACAUUCCUGGAAAAAUUAUCAGAGAGAAUGUUUUGGCGAAGGAAAGAAAAUCAAGAAGAGACGACAACGCCAAAGCCUACAAUUGAGGGGAAAUCGUAUACCUUCAAUAGCCAAUUGAAUGGUACUGGUUUUGCUAAAUUCACGGUUAAGUUGGCUCACCUGGAUGAAAUUGAAGACUAUCAACAUUAUUAUGAAGCAACUGUUAAGUAUCUAGAUGAGACACGUUCUGUUUCUAACACCUUCCAAUACCGCGAGCCAAAGAAUGUAGUACCACAGCCUGAAGAAAAGGAGCCAAUGGAAUGGUUUAAGCUGUCGGUCAAUUAUGCACCGAAUACAUACUUGUUUAAUUCUUCGCAGAUCAUAACAAUCACUGUAAACUCGAGCGAACCGCUGUCAUACUUCAUUUACGAUGUAGUCGGUCGUGGUAAUAUUUUAGAGCAUCAGCGUGUCGUUUUGCCUGAAAAUACUAAAAUUUACAACAUCACACUUCCAUACAAGUUCGCUUACGCACCCUAUGCACGCAUUUACGCUUAUUACGUUGAUAAUGACGGUGAAUUCCAUUAUGCUGAGUCAUCGUUCUCUGCAGAGACAGAAUUACAAAACAAGAUUGAAGUAACCGCACCCAGUGAAGUUAAACCAGGCGAUAUCGUGCCUCUACAUAUUCGUACUGCUCCACACUCAUUUGUCGGUCUCGUAGCUAUUGAUCAGAGUGUACUGUUGCUUGCAGGUAAUAACGCUAUCACCUCCAAUGAUUUCCGUUGGCGUAUCGGUAGCUAUGAUACAAGCACUCCAUGGCUGGGGGGUAGCUCAUAUUAUCCUGGCACAGGCACCGGUGUGGUUACGUUGACCAACGCCGACUACUUCUACAAUUGGACUCAGCCGGAAUAUCAAAAUGCUAUGCCCAUAAGUGCAGAAAGAGACAGAGUUUUUCACUCAGUUGGUGCUGGUGGUGGUAGUUUUAAGGCAGGUGUAGGUGUACAUUCCACUACACCAUCUCCUCCACCCCCGCAACAAACAAUUAACGUUCGACAAGAUUUCAGAGAGACUUGGCUAUUUACUGAUAUAGAGGACACACAAACAGAAGAAUUUGAUUGGUCUGAGAAGAUACCAGAUACUAUUACAUCGUGGGUGCUCACAGCUUUUGCAGUAAAUCCUGAUAAGGGACUCGGUGUAAUGAAAGACUCCAUAAAGAUUAAAACAUUCCAGCCAUUUUUCAUGUCGCCACGCCUUCCUUACUCUGUAAAGCGAGGCGAGGUCAUCAACACUCAAUUAUUAGUAUUUAACUACUUGGACAAGGCUUUAGACGUCGCUGUCACGCUCGACAACACUGACGGCGAAUACGACUUUACCGACGUCUCCAACGAGAUUAUUAGCGAACCAAAGCGCGUAAAAAACAUAAGAGUGCCCGCACAAUCUUCCGCCGGCGUUUCCUUCAUGAUUCGUCCCAAAGUUAUUGGCGACGUGCUACUAAAGUAUACUGCCAUAUCACCGAUUGCUGGCGAUGCGCUACAUAAGGCGCUAAAAGUUGUGCCUGAGGGUGUGACACAGUAUGCAAAUCGCGCAUAUUUUGUGAACUUGAAAGAUGCCCCAGAAUUUAAGCAAACCUUCGAGCUGGUGCUACCGCAAGAUGUCGUGCCUGACUCAGAGCACAUAGAGGUGUCUGCUGUUGGCGAUAUUUUGGGUCCACUCUUGAAUAAUUUGGAUCGCUUGGUGCGUCUGCCGACUGGCUGUGCAGAGCAAACGGCUUCCUCAUUUGUGCCGAACUAUGUGGUUUUGGAAUAUUUGAAUCACACGAACAAACUAACGCCAGCUUUACAGUCAAAAAUUCAAAGCAACCUGCUAUCCGGCUAUCAAAACAUUCUGAACUUCCGCUUAGACGAUGGUUCUUUCAGUUCUUUUGGCAGGUCGAGAAACUCAGAUCGGCCAGUUAAUGGUUCCACCUGGCUGACCGCAUACAUCGUGCGUUCACUUAAUCAGGCUAAAUCCCAAGUGAAGGUCGAUGAAAAUGUACUGAAGGACGGUCUGAAAUACUUGGUCAGCCAACAAGCAGAAAAUGGCAGCUUCUUGGAAAGCAAUGAUUUCUUCUUUAGGUCCUAUAGAGAGCCAUUGACACUUACAGCCAGUGUUUUGCUCACUUUAGUAGAGGCGGAGGAGCUCUCCAAGCCUUAUGAAGCGGAAAUCGAAAAGGGUUUCAAAUACAUUUUAGAGAAUUUGGGUGCAGAAGAGAAUCUGCAUGUUAAGGCGAUAACAGUUUAUGCGCUAAAUAAAAUCGAUAGUCCAACAGCCGCCGCCCAACUCGAAGGGCUUAGUGCACUUGCUAAGACAGCUGAUGAUCGCAAAUGGUGGUCAAAUCAAAACGAAAGCAAUUCGAAACUUUGGUGGCGCUGGAGUUCUAGUAGCGAUGUAGAGAUCACUUCCUAUGUUUUACUAACGUUGUUCGAGAGUGGCAAGGCAACUGUGGACGAUGUGCUGCCGGUUAUACGCUGGUUGGUGGCGCAACGCAAUAGCUAUGGUGGCUUUGCAUCCACACAAGACACAGUACUUGGACUCAAAGCGCUAAUGAAAUUUGCUGACCUUGCUGAAUAUGAAGCAGCUAGCAUGGAAUUAGAUGUGACUGGAAAAGGCGAAAGAGAGAAGAGAGAAACCAUUCAUUUAACUGAGGACAAUGGCUUGUUAACACAAACCAUUGAGUUGCCACAAAAAACUCUCUCGGUGGACCUGAGCGCCAAGGGUAAGGGCGCUGCUUUGGUACAAAUUGCAUACCAAUACAAUGUGUACGAGAAGGAAAAGCAGCCAGCCUUCAAAAUCGACGCUGUUGUAAACAAAGAGGCACCUGCUUUCAAAUUGGACGUGGAUGUUUGCAUACAAUACACCGGCGAAUCAGAGGCUACCAAUAUGGCGCUGCUCGAGAUCUCCUUACCUUCUGGUUAUGUGGCUGAUGAGGAGAGCUUCAAACAAAUUGAAGCGGUGCAGCGUGUUAGGCAAGUAGAAGGCAAACAGUCAAACACACUGAUCGUCGUGUAUUUUGAAAGCCUGAGUAAGGAUAACAUUGUAUGUGUGUCGAUCGAGGCGUUCAAGGUGUAUCCGGUAGCGGAUCAAAAACCCGCUUCGCUUGUGCUAUAUGAUUACUACGACACGACGCAAAAAGUCACUGAGUACUAUUCAGUUUCUUCGAAUAAGUGCGAUAUCUGUGCUGAUGAUGAAGAGUGUAAGGCGUGUGCGGCUGCAGUGUAAAUACAUAUUUUAUUUGUAAAGUUGUGUGGAUGAAAUUUCCUAAAAAACUGUUUUGUAAAUAAUUUCAAAAAUCCGAUUAUGGAGUACAAUGGCAAUGAUAACGAUUUUAGAAAAAGUUGAACAGAUUUGUAAAUUAAAUAAAGUAGAUUAUAAACACAA